CUUUGUUCUUAAAACUGCAAUUCAGGUUCAAAAGUAUGUUAAUUUUUACCUAGGUAUAAUGCAUCUUAGUAGCUGCUGCUAAAAACUCAUUUGCAUUUGAUAUCACACUAAUGAAGAUUUACAACUAUUUUUCUAGUCUGUGAAAAAAGUUAUGUUCUAUAGUUGAUUGAAUGAUGAAGUAAAAUAAAUGUUCAAUUUUGUUUCAAAAUAAUGCAAACAAACAUAAUUGGGUAGGUGAUGCGAUAGAUAAAUAUUGUCUUGUGAUGAACAAGGUUUAACUUGUUCAAGAGCAUCUGGAGAUGCCUUCAGUGCUGGAGGAGGCUGCGGGUGAAGGGCCUGCUAAGUGUGAGCAGCGCCAGGGGGGAACUUCUGUCUACAAGAUUGUAGUGCUCGGGGAGGGGGGAGUGGGCAAGUCUGCCCUGACCCUGCAGUUUGUGAGGCAUUGUUUCCUUGACUACCACGAUCCUACCAUUGAGGAUGCUUACCAGCAGCAGGCCGUUAUUGAUGAUGAACCUGCACUGCUGGAUAUCCUGGACACAGCUGGGCAGAUGGAGUUCACGGCGAUGCGUGAGCAGUACAUGCGCUGCGGCGAGGGCUUCAUCAUCUGCUACGCCACCUGCGACCGCCGCAGCUUUGACGAGGUGCCUCGGUAUGCGGACCUCAUCGGCGCCUUGCGUGCCUCCAGCGUGUGCCCCGUGGUGCUCGUGGGCACUAAGCUCGAUCUGGCGCACCAACGCACGGUAUCAACAGAAGAAGGCCUGACAUUGGCUCAGUCGUACGGGUGGCCGUUCUUUGAGACGUCAGCAGCUCUGCGUCAAGGCGUGGAGGAAGUCUUCCACACUGCAGUACGAGCCAUCAGAUGUGGGCGUAAGAACCUACCUCUUCCCCCAUGUGGCAUCUUACCCCACACUGCUGAUGGCGGGCUGCGAGCCGCUCUCAAGAUGACGCGGUCUAAAUCUACUGCGAAUAGAUGGAAGAAUUUCAAACUAGCGCUACUCAACUUCUUUCGCAGGAACCGCAAAUAACGUGGUAAAUGAAGAGAGCAAAAACAACAAUGGUGUUCCAGGAACAAACAUUGAAAUGGUAAUGAUGAGAUGACUCAAGGAAGCACAAGUGUUGCGUUGACCUAAAAGCCAAAGAUAGGUAAAAUAAUAAAAGUGUGAACUUUUCAAUGAAACUGUGAAUUGAGGCACUUGUUUGAUGGUGUUCAGUGAACAUCGUGCAAUAUACGUAUGCAAGGAAACCAUUAGAAUCUUGGUAAAUGAAUUGCAUGAGUUUUUAUGAGCAUGCAAAUGUGCAAUAUAUCCCGUCAGUGGCCAUUGCUGGUCAGAUGGACGUUGUUACGGUACAUUAAUAUAGCGGUUUGAUAUCAUAUGUCCCACUGAUGGCUAAAGUAAAGGCUCCAUGGUUCGGAAACGUCAGCAGGUAAUACCGUACGUUUUAUGCCAGCGUAGUCAGCUGCUCCUGAUGACAUCAGCAGAUGCCGCGUAGUCCUGCACUUAAUUCGAUACUCAGACGAUCUGAAAGACCUUCUCAUAGAAGUUACUUUUUUUCUCUAUUUUGCUUGCCUGUUACUAAUUGUCAGAUCUCAUAUGUAUAAUAGUUCGAAACUCAGUGAAUAUAUUUAUCUAAAUAAUCAAUAUUAUCUGCUGCAGAGAUACUGACACUACACAUAGAGCUACAACGUUCUAUGUAUUGUGUGCGUGUUCCUCUUGUGUAGGUAAUAUUUAAUAUGAGGUUAAUCAAACCAAAUCAUUCAGCAGUUGUGAAUUAUGGCUCUAAUUAUUAGGAUUCUUUUUUUAAUUUAAAACCCAUCAAGAAGUGACGCAUUGGCAGUUGGCACUAUAUAUAUACCUAUACAUGUAGUCUCAAAUAACUAUCAAUUUUGCCUAAAAAUAGUACUAUUCAAGGGCUUGGUAGGCAUUGUUAAUAAAAGGUUUUAUUAGAAUCCUGUUAGGAAUAGCCUUGGGGUGUGCAAGAAAUUAAUCUGGAUGUAUACCAUGAGUGUUUUUACUUUAUAUUAAAAUUAAAAAGGCUUCUCUCUCUGCGCACCAAUAAUUCGAGUCACAAGUAUUUAUUUUAUAAGGAUAUGUAGGAGUAAAUUUGUAAGGUUUUAUCAAGACAAACUUCACACGAUUUUAUGUCUCCACAACUACGCUAGUCGCUUAAUUAAUCUCAAUGAACGCUGCAAUAUGUUAGAUCUGCAACUAUGCUUUGCAUUUUAUCUCUACUUAUUAUUAAGAGCUGUGCUUAUGCGCUCCAUUUAAUUAUGUUUGCAACUGACCUUUUCCAGGUAAAUGUUUGCUACUUUUGCUCGUCUAUAUACCAAUGAUAUUGCAUUAAGUGCUUUAAUAUAGUAUGUUCUAACAUUGUCUCGGUGUUAUUUUCAUGUCUUCAAUUCCAAAGUUUAGUUCGGAGAUCAAACCAGGAAUCGGA